CCAUAUCUCUACCUCUUUGUCUCUCUCAUAACCAAACACACACAUACUCAGCAGCAAGAACUUCAAAUUCAAAACACACCUAUGCUUCCUCCCUCAUCUCACCGGCGACCGCAGCCGGAUGUCAGCCGGUGCUCCGGCGCCCAGCACCUUCGGCGAACCCCCCAAAAACCCACCGAGCUACCUCGUUUCCGUUCACCGGCGACUUCUCCGUCACACACCACCAUCCUCCUUCUCCCCGGUCACCGACAACCUCACCCUACAACCACUUCCUCCCUAUUUUUUUUCCGAGCACGCGGUGUCUCCCUCUCAUUUCUGGUCAGGUCAAAACGCGGGAGGAAUCGGAAACGAUCGGCGCCGCCGCCACGGCGGCGGUGGCGGUGAGCUUCCGAUGUCAAGCGAAGAGAGAGACAGAGACGGUGGCGGUGAUCAGUUCUCCCGAUUCCACAAGGCUUGAGUCGUCUUAGACUCAGUGACGGUGUUGGUUGUUUAUAACGUUGGGGGUUGGUGGCGGCGGCGGUGGGUUUGGUGGUGUGGCGGUAGUGGUGGGUGACGGUGGUGCCGAUGGUGCCUGUGGCGCCGAUGGUGCCUGAUUGGCGCCGAUGCAGCCUCUGAUUAUCGGAAAAUCUGUGCCAAACCCCGUUUUUUUAGUUACACAUUGUUUUGAUGUUGUUGGUUUUUUAUAUUUUUCCCCUUAGUCGAUGAUGAUAAAAAUCUAUCUGAGACACCUACCAAGUUUGCG